AUGCGGCUGACCCCAGUCCUCUCCUGCGCUGCCCCACUAAUCCUCCUGGCGGCUGUGCGAUUGUCCAACACCAUAUCCCUGUCCCCCCAAGAGGCAAACCAGUUUCUAAGCAGACACAGAAGAGCGAAUCAAGUUUUUGAAGAGACGAAACAAGGGCACUUGGAGAGAGAGUGCGUAGAAGAGAGGUGCUCCAAAGAGGAGGCGAGAGAAGUGUUUGAAAAUGACCCAGAGACCGAUUACUUCUGGCCAAAAUAUGUAGCUUGCGUGGAUAAGUUCGGGGAUUCUGAGAAGAAGAAACAGGAUCUGAUCACUUGUGUUCACAACAUCCCAGACCAGUGCUCGCCGUCGCCGUGUAACCCCAGCGGUUCGGUGCGCUGUGAGGACAAAAAGGGCGACUUCCUGUGCCACUGCUUCACAGGCUGGACCGGGGCCAGAUGUGAGGAAGAUGUUGACGAAUGCGACACGAGGAAUGGCGGCUGCGACCACGAGUGUAACAACACGAUGGGCAGUUACCGCUGCUCCUGUCACCAUGGAUACACACUGUCAGGGCGACACUUGUGCAACGAUGUGGAUGAGUGUGAAGACCCGGCGGUUUGUGGAACAGCUGAGUGUUUGAACACAGAGGGCAGUUUUGAUUGUCUGUGUGAACCUGGCUUUGUUUACGACAAUGAGACCAAGAGCUGCGUGGAUGUUGACGAGUGCGAGUCCGGCGUGUGCGCGGACGAAUGCCUGAACGUACCUGGAAGUUUUCGGUGUUUCUGUGACGGACGUCAGGGCAUGAAGCUCGCGCAGGACCUCAGGAGCUGUAAGCCCAUUACUGCGUGUAUUUCACCGUCUUUGAAGAGGAACUCCCGUGCUUUGUAUCUGGGUCGUAUGUUCAGUGGAGUUCCAGUCGUGAGGCUUCGGUUUCGCAGAAAAUUCCAAACCGGAUUUUCUGCAGAGUUUGAUUUCCGCACCUACGACUCUGAGGGAGUGAUAUUUUUUGCCGGAGGUCAUUUGAACAGCAGCUGGAUCGUUCUCGCAAUGAAUGAUGGGAAACUGGAGCUGCAGCUAAAGUACGCUGCAGUGAGCAGAGUCACCAGCAGCGGCGCUGUCGUCAACGAUGGACAGUGGAGAAAGAUCUCGGUGGAGGAGCAAGGCCGGAGUCUCGUGAUAAAGAUCGACAGAGAAGCCGUGAUGAAAAUAGCGGUUAAUGGAGACCUGUUCACUCUGAAGAAAGGCAUGCACGAGCUGAACCUGACCGUGGGAGGAGUGCCUUUCAAAGAAGACGGCCUGGUCAAUAAACUGAACCCUCGCCUGGACGGCUGUAUGAAGGACUGGCGUUGGUUGACAGGAGAAGACUCGUCGAUUCAGGAGACGAUUCAGUCCAAUGAGAACAUGCAGUGUUUCAGCACAGAGAACCCCGGGGCCUUUUUCACCGGCUCUGGAUUCGCCUUUUUCAAUACAAGCUUCUCAGAUUCACUAAACCUCAGUGUCCACUUGAGUCUGAGGGCCACCUCAGGCAUCGGGGUCCUGUUUGCUCUGAUUUACCAGGACAAAGUUCCUCUGUCGCUUUCUUUAGCCGACUACCAUCCGGGGACGGACGAGUGGAGAGAUUUUGUCCUGGUGACGUCUGGUGAUGAGAUCGUGGCCAGUUCUCCCAGUCCUCUGUGUGACGGUGACGCUCAUGUGAUCGAGGUGACCAUUUCGGCCAAUCACACGCUGCUGCUGAUCGACGGCCAGCCGGGACGCAGCCACUCCGCCACGCUGCCCCUCGAGCUCCUGCCACGCUCCAGCACCUUCAUCGGAGGACUACCAGACGUCCCCCUGGUGUCCACCCUGGUCUCUGCGUCCUACAGCGGCUGCAUGGAGGUCAGUGUGAAUGGACAGCCGCUGGAUUUGGACCAAGCCACCUACAAACACAACGACAUCCGCUCUCACUCCUGCCCCCUACUGGACUCCCACCAGUGA